CAUAAAGCCCCGCAGAAUUUGAGGAAUGGGGACAAUCUCUUAAGUUGUACCGUUGAAAAUAUCUAGAACAUGACCGUUGCAAGCAUGGAUGAACAGGUAACAAUCCAUACUGUAGUGAAACGAGGUGACUUUGUGGCACUCAAGGGAAUGAUUUCGAGUGGAGCCAGUGUAAAUGAAGUAGAUAAACAUUCAUUUACACCUUUACAUUGGGCUGCUAACGUAGGUGCGAUAGAGGUAACAGACGAUCUGGUAUUCGAGUAAGCAUUUGAUUUCUGCACUAAGAUUUUACAAUAUCUACUGUGGAAAAAUGCUGAUCCUUUAUUGGUGACUAAAAAUGGUUGGACACCCGUUCAUAUAGCUGCCAUCCGAGGCUAUGAGAAAUGUAUACAGUCACUGGUUGACAGAGGUGUCAGUGUCUCUGUUAAAGACAAAUACGGUCAGACUCCUGGCCAUCUGGCUUCGAUACAUGGAAAUUCUGGCAGUCUUUUAACCCUCCUACGCGCUGGUGCUGAUCUUGAAACAGUGGAUAUUAGUGGAUGGACAAUGUUACAUGCAGCUUCAUUUCACGGACGACUGGGAUGUGUCCAGGUGUUGCUCAGGUGGGAUCUGCGAAUAGAGGAUACGGAUAAAGCUGGAAAUAAUGCUGCUCAUCUAGCAGCAAUGGAAGGUCACUUACCUGUAUUACAGUAUUUAAUGAGUCAAGUUCAAAGUCCAUUGUAUAUACUCAACACUCCCAAUGAUCAUGGAGAAACCGCUGAAGCUCUAGCUAGACGGUUUUUGAAAAACGAUGUUGAAUCGUAUAUAAAUAAAAUCAAAACAGAACAGACAUUCCAUAGAGGAUCAGAAUACUCAGAGACAUUAGCGUUUCCAGCACAUGCAGCAGCUUAUUCUGGGAACUUAAUCCAACUACGUGUUUUAAUAGAAUCAGGGACUGUAAAGAUAGAUGAAAGAGAUGAACAGGGUGCAACACCAUUACACAAAGCUGCUGGUCAAGGACACCUGAAGAUAAUUCAGUGGCUUCGAGAAAACGGUGCUGAUCGAAAAUUAAGAAAUGAACUGGGUGAAUCACCAGCCGAUGUAGCUAGAAGGUAUGGUCAGUUAGGAGCGCUAAAACUUUUAUCAUCUAAAUCUGAUGGAGAAUAUGAGAAUGAUGAAAUUUCAGAUAUUAUGGAUUUACCAUCUGAUAUUCCGCUUGGUUAUACUGAAGGUGAAAAAAUGAAUCAGCUUAUAGUGGAUAAAACUGGCGCAAUCGGUAGAGCUAAAAUUAGAAUUGAAAAAUUAGAACGUUUGUUAGAAUUGGCUAAAUCAGAUUAUAAGCAACUGGAUGGUCCAAUUGAGAAAGAAGAAAAACAAAGAAUCGAUGCCUUGAAUGAACUUGGCCGAAAUUACGAAAAGCAGAUUGAAGAAUUGAAAGCAACAUUGGAGUGUGAACGUAUCUAUCGAGAGAAACUAGAGUCACGUUUGGAUGAGUCAAGACGAGAAGUUGCUACACUAACCAUGAAGCUAAAUGAAGGUCAUUCCGGUUCCUCUGACAAUUACCUCACCAAUAAAUCAAAAAUUCAACAAAAUUUCGAUUAUCAAAAUACCAAAAAAAUUAAUAAAUUUAAUGGAAGUAUAAGUAGUUUUGAAAGUAAUAAUAGUGUAUCUAUGAAAAAAUAUAAAAAUAAAUAAUGUUGAAAAAAACGAAAAAACUUAAUUGUUUAUUUUGAUGUGUGUAUUUUACUUAAACAUUUCUUAUCAAUUAGUUGGC